UUAUGCGCCAUUAGAAGUGCGCUGUCGACUGUAUGCAAGGUCAGUGGCCAUAUACCAAAUCGCUGCACAAUUUACAAAUGUGUUUAGCUUUUGGAUAGCAAAACAACAAUUUUUACCUCAGUUCUCGACACCGAAGGUCUUCAAUGUUGCUGCAAAUUCGACUGAUGGAUGCCCAUUGGGGUUUAGGAAACUGUUUAACAUGUACCUGCUCGACCAUUUCAUCAUGAAUUGUGGAAUUUGAAGCAGUUUCUGCCGAGUGUUUUCCCAGGGUUGUACUAUUUUUCGUGACCGUCGCUGCAAACUGGGCCGACAUUUCACUGUUAAAAAACUUAGGGUCCUGUGUGUGUACACAAGUUUGACCUGCACCGGAACGAUGCUAUGAUCAACAUUUUACAGGCCAUAUGUAAAUAAGGAAUACCCCUUUCUGAGAGGAGGACUGAUACUGCCAUCAAGAUGGCUUCAGAGUCCUAUGAUUGGGCUUACUCAAUGGUGGACUCAUCACGAGUGUCGACGUUCGUCAUUUCCAUCUUGCUCAUUGUCUAUGGGAGCUUCAGGUCUUUAAACAUGGACCAGGAAGAGAAGGAGAAGAAUUUACGUGAAGACAAAGACCCUACUGCCCAGGGCCAAAACCCCAAUGUACCAGUCACAAGUGAAAACGUGCACAGUAUAGAUACAACUCAAGCCAUGUUUCUACCCAUCGGAGCUUCCAUCUCCUUGCUCGUCAUGUUCUUCUUCUUCGACUCCAUGCAAAUGGUCUUUGCUGUUUGCACAGCAGUAUUAGCGACUGUAGCCUUUGCUUUCCUGCUGUUGCCAAUGUGCCAGUAUUUAUUAAGGCCGUGCUCCAAUGGAACAAAGAUUUCUUUUGGAUGCUGUGGCCGCUUCACCUCUGCAGAAAUAAUGUCCUUUUGUCUUGCUGUCAUGCUGGUGUUCCUCUGGGUCAUGACUGGCCAUUGGCUGCUCAUGGAUGCGCUAGCCAUGGGACUGUGCGUGACAAUGAUAGCGUUCGUCCGCCUGCCCAGCCUCAAAGUCUCCACAUUACUGCUCACCGGUCUACUCAUCUACGACGUCUUUUGGGUGUUCUUCUCCACGUACAUAUUCAAUGCCAACGUCAUGGUCAAAGUGGCCAUGAGGCCCGCCAACAACCCUAUCGGUGUGGUUGCCCGAAAGCUCAACAUGCCGGCCGUCGUCAAGGAAGCCCCUCAGCUCUCUUUGCCUGGCAAACUCAUUUUCCCCAGCAACACCCAGAGUUCUGGCCACUUUUCCAUGCUGGGCCUUGGCGAUAUUGUCAUGCCAGGCCUCCUGCUGUGCUUCGUCAUGCGCUACGACAACUACAAGCGGCAGGUGGGGGAGGGCAACCAGUCGGCCCCCGUCAUCUCCCCCAGCGGGUUUACCCAGAGGGUGACCUACUUCCACUGCUCCCUCAUCGGUUAUUUUGUUGGUUUGCUGACGGCGACCGUAUCCUCUGAGGUCUACAAGGCAGCCCAGCCUGCCCUGCUCUACCUGGUGCCCUUCACCCUCCUGCCUCUGCUCCUCAUGGCCUAUCUCAAGGGUGACCUGAAGCGCAUGUGGCAUGAGCCAUUCAUCAAAGGCCCCAGCAACAGAUAUACUGAGGUAUGACACAAGGCCAAGCUGCAUCCCGUGUGAUAUUGUUGUUCCUCAACAUGCUCAAGCCAAUCGUAAGCAUCCACCAUGUCUCUUCGAUACAGCCCAGCUAGCCUGCUUCAGCUUCAACGACAACGCCAAAGUUGCACCCGCUCGUCUCGGCCGUGAAAUCCCGACCGCCAGCAUUUUGGACAAACAGAGAUCCCCUCCUGUAUUGAAAGCUUCUCAAAUGCUGGAGAAGUACCCGUCUCAACGAGGGGACUCUGUGAAGAUGCUUGUUGCCAUGGAUACACCGAGGAUGGUUGAGGAUACGACAGCUGAUAUUUCACCAGGGGUGCUUAGGAUACAGAAUACAACAUCUCCCUCUCAAAUGUUGUCUUGUUUUUAAUGGAUCGCUUACAGCAAAAGUAAUACCACAUCGACAAUUGUUGCUUUUUCUAGAGCUAAAAAUGUGAGCGAUGUUUUUCUGCAAAGCAACUCGGAAAGCGAGAGAUCAUGCGAUAGCGGCCCUGAAACAACGGGACGUCAUGCAGCCAGUGUUUCGCCACUUGUAGGAAUCACUGAAAUUUGACUGUGAUGAACGAAAUGUAAAGUAACAGACUCAAAAAACAAAAAACAAAAACAAGCUCUAGUUCUGUUGUGCUUCUCCUGUGUAAAUUUGGAAAGUGUUACCCCCCCCAUGUAAAUGGAGAUGAACAUUGUGCUGACGGCAGUAUUGACGUUUGUGGAUUUUUGAAAUCGACCCUGGAAAUGGUAGUUUUCGGAGAGCAGUGGACAUGAUUGUGCACCUGUUAGACACUGGAAUCACUAAGAUGAAAUUGCCUCAGUGAGUGACUGAAGAGAGGAGUUGGCGCUGAGUAAGAAGAGUGGGAAAUUAUUUUUUUCUUUGAAUUUUCCAGGCGUUGACAAACUCAUUAGUUGGAUCCAAUACACCAGAAGCGAUUGUCCAACUUUAUAAAAUAAAGGUGUCUCUUUAUGUUGUUGUUAAAUUUGAUUUGUUCAUACUAAAAUCACUGGAUUUCAUGGUGAUUAAUGUUUUCUCGGGUUAAAGUGUCAAGCAGACACGUUUGAAACAUUUCUCUCAACGGAGUGCUUCAAUUCUGAUGCUGACGAAGUAAAGAUCUACCUGUGUUCUGUCGUUUGUGUUUUCUCUGGUGGCUAGUGUACCGAGGUACCGCUUCAAACUGUGAUAUAUAUAUAUAUUCUGGUAAUUUAUAGUUUGUAGGGAGCUUGUAUCAUUAUGUGUAUAUGUAGGGAAUAUUGGAUCGAGUGUUAAGCAUGUUUUGUAGCAAAGUUUUAUGACAGCAAAGCCUUGAUCAGGAAUGGGUUAGUCGCUGAGGCAAUGUUCCAGGAACUUUGGGCAGGUGAGCAGCGUAGUUACCGCACAUGGUGAUCUGGUUCCAAUUUCAUAGUGUGCUGAGCAAGGGGAAAACACUUAUAAGGUGUGGAUGUGGAGCAAAUAGUAGAAGAGAACCAGCCACCGGCUGCGUACUGUGCCAGACGAUUUGGCCAAUAACUGGUGGGUUUUUUUUUUUGCUAAGCAGAACUCUUCUGCGUAAAGCAGCCUUUCAUGCCAAAGACCCCAUGAAAUUGACUCCGGGAGAGAUGAUAUAGUCAGUGGUGAAUAAUCAUCUGCUUUAUUGUGAGGGGCUGGCUGGCUGGCUCCUUCAGAACACAGUAGCUAGGACGUCUAUAAACAUGAAGCCCACAUAUAACUAGCCCGUUGAACAUUGGCUCUGUAUUAUGUAGGCUAAAGGUUCAAAUACCAUCCUAGUCACUUGUCUCUUUCUGUAUCAGGCAUGUUGACAUGGAUGUUCAACUUUAAAAGCCACACUUGUUUCACACGUUUUGGGCUACAGAUUUUUCAGCAUUUUCAGGCUCGAUCAUAAAACGUUUCGGCCAAUUAUGAAUGUUAUUUUUCAACACCAAAUUCGUGAUAAUUGCAUAGGCAGAGUUGGAGAAAUAAAUCAUGUCUCACAGCCACGAAAGCAUAAGUUUUGUGUGUUGUGUUUUAAAGUUUCUCUAGCCUCUACCGGUAGCAUUUUCCUUGUUUACCAACCCAGUAAGACAGAAAAAUGGCUGACCUGGAAGUGAAACACGUUUUUUUUCCAUCAUCUUUCAUUGCCACAAAAUAGUGUGGCCUUAUCUUGUUCGCGUGUUAGUGUGUAUGAUCUGGCAAUGGUUCGUAAAGUCAUUGAGAAUUGAUAACCAGCUCAUGGUAAGGACAUUUGUGUAGAACUAUUUAGAUUUUCGUCAUUUGGUGUAACCCAUUUUGAUGAGAGUUGCAACUUCUGUUGUGGUGGCUCAUGUUCUUCAAGCUGAGGCACACACCUUUUGCAGAGUCACAACACUCUUUCAUGUCAAAGAGGCAUGUAACAUAUACAUAUAGAUGUGUAGAUGUGACCUGUUCACAAGCUUCUGAGAUCUUGGUCGCUGCCUGUGAAAAGAAGAACACCUGACAAUGCCAAGGAAGUGUUCUUUGAGUUCAAACUUCACUUCUUUAUUGUGCCAAACUAUUUUCUAAUCUUACUGCUUUACUUAAUUUCAACGACAUGUUUUCCACCACUCUGUAACGAUAUAUUCUGCUUAGUUUGUCCUAUUUUGUGUGAAUUACGGCUUGAUAAUUGUGAUUUUUCUUGAUACUAUGUAUGAGUAAUGUGGCAGCCUUCCAAUAUUCAAGGUGCUUUUUGUCAAUUUGAAUGUAAUUAUUUCAGUUAUUGGUGAAAAGUCUUAUCUUAAUGUAAGCUGUCAGGGUUUUUUCAAUCUAA